AACGACGUCGGAUUACAAAGACAGAUGUAAAAGAACUUCAGAUUUCAGAAUAACGUGGUCAGUGGUGAGACAGAGUCGCACAAAUCCAAGCACACGGACACAGGAUUAUCAUUAUGAGCGGUGCUCCUAAAAGAUCUCAUGAAGAGAGUGGUCAUUCCUCAUCUUCAAAAUACCCACAUGAGGAUUCUGGUGCAUACCCCAAGAUGUCAGCUGCAGUUUCGAGCGACUACCAUCCCCCCUACGAGAUAGUUCAAGAAAGUCGGGUGCCGAAGCUUCCCCGGACUGAAUCUCGCGAUGCAGAUAGAAGAUCUCCUCUUCAUUCAUUGUAUAGGAUUCCAUCUUCUUCGAAUGAAUCACAUGUCGAUCAUUCUGAAAGCAAGAUGGAAUUGAAGGAUUCCAAGGAUGGUAGAGAUCUUCGGUUUGAGAACCGAGAUACAAAGAUGGAGAUGAGGGAGUUGUAUGGUGAGGGGAGGAGGGAAUCUCAAAUUGUGAAGAGUGAAAAGGAUGUAAGACCUGACAGUAGAGGAGAUGAUAAUAAGGAAAUGAGAUAUGAUAGGGAAAGUUUUAAUGAUCCAAAAGGUGACGUGAAGACGGAAAAGGAUGUUUAUGGCGCAGCAAGUAGUCACUUGAAUUGGAAAGAAUCAAAAGAACACCAUAGGGUAAAAAAAUAUCUGGAUGCCCCAAGUGGAGGUAUAAAUAUUUGGCAUGUUCCACGUGUUAAUUCACAAAGCCCCAGUGAGGUUGGAAAGGAAGGCUCAACAAUUGAGGAGAGGGAAUAUGGGGAAUCUCAUGAGGCUGUUGGAGAAAACAAGGUUGGUUCAAAGGGUGAUGAGAAAUUGAAAGAUAAGGAUAGAAAGAGGAAAGAUGUGAAGCAUAGGGAUUGGGGAGAAAGGGAUAGGGAAAGAACUGAUCGUAGGAGUGGUCCUCCAGUAGCUAAUAGCGGUGGUGAGUGCAAAGAUUCAACAAAAGAAGAAAGAGAUGUAGAGAGGUGGGAGAGAGAGAGAAAAGAUUUUUCCAAAGACAGGGAAAGACUAAAAGAGAGGGAAAAGGAUUAUACCCGGAGGGACCCAUGGAAUGGAGUAGACAAAGAGAUUUCUCACAAUGAGAAGGAAUUAGGGGAUGGGUCUUUAAGAAUUCCAGAGCAGGAAAAUCUAGCAUCAGAGCAGAAGAAACAGAAAGAUUUUGAUAGCUGGAAAGAUGUUGAUAGGGAAGCAAGAGAUAGGAGGAAGGAAAGUAAUGAUAUUGAAGGAGAUAUAACUGAAAGACGCACUAGGUGCGAUGACAAAGAAUCGGACGAUGGAUGUGCGGAUGGUGAAGGGGCUUCUGAAAGGGAAAGGGAAGUUUAUAAUUAUGGAGUUCAAAGGAAGAGAAUGCAGCGGUCAAGGGGUAGCCCUCAAGUGGCUAGCCGCGAGCUCCGUUUUAGGUCUCGUGCUCAAGAAAAUGAAGGAUCUCAAGCUGGGAGUGUUUCAGGUAAAGUUGAAGUAUCUUCUGUUGUUUAUAAAGUUGGUGAAUGUAUGCAAGAACUGAUAAAGUUGUGGAAGGAACACAAAGCAUCAGAAGCUGAAAAUAAUGGGGAAAGCUCAUUAAAUGGUCCAACUCUUGAAAUUCGAAUUCCCGCUGAGCAUGUUACAGCUACGAAUCGCCAAGUCAGAGGUGGCCAGCUCUGGGGGACAGAGAUAUACACUGAUGACUCAGAUCUUGUUGCUGUUCUCAUGCAUACUGGUUACUGCCGCCCUACAGCUUCUCCUCCUCCACCUGCUAUCCUAGAGUUGCGUGCUACUAUUCGAGUGCUACCUCCACAAGAUUGUUACAUAUCCACCUUGAGAAAUAAUGUUCGUUCUCGAGCUUGGGGUGCUGCAAUUGGUUGUAGUUACCGUGUUGAGCGAUGCUGCAUCGUGAAGGUUAUGGAAACAUCUAGUUAUAGUCUAUAUUUUCAUUGUUGCCUCCCCCAAGUAAUGAAAGGUGGUGGAACCAUUGAUCUUGAACCUUGUCUUACACAUACAUCAACAGUGGAGCCUACCCUUGCUCCUGUGGCCGUUGAACGGACAAUGACUACCAGGGCUGCCGCUUCGAAUGCAUUGCGGCAACAGAGAUACGUACGAGAAGUUACAAUACAGUACAACCUCUGCAAUGAGCCUUGGAUUAAAUACAGCAUAAGCAUUGUUGCUGACAAGGGUCUGAAGAAACCACUUUAUACAUCUGCACGAUUGAAGAAGGGAGAAGUUUUGUAUUUAGAAACCCAUUCACGCAGGUAUGAGCUUUGUUUCACUGGAGAGAAAAUGGUCAAAGCUAUACCAGCAACUCAGGUGCAUGGCUUGGAGACGGAGAAGUCUCAGAAUCAUCACUCACACUCCACAAAUGGUGAAAGAAAUGAUUGUGAUAACAUGGUUAUUGAUGCAUUUCGGUGGUCUCGAUGUAAGAAGCCUCUUCCCCAGAAAGUCAUGCAAUCAGUUGGGAUCCCACUUCCCCUUGAACAUGUGGAGGUAUUGGAGGAAAAUCUUGAUUGGGAAGACGUGCAGUGGUCACAAACAGGAGUAUGGAUUUCUGGAAAAGAAUACACACUUGCUAGGGUGCAUUUUCUAUCCACCAGUUAGUCAAGUCUUUUAAUGGUGCCUUCACAAUGUAUGCAGAACUAUUUAAUCCUGAUCCGAUGUAUCGAACAAGUCUGUUGAUUCGUAAUGAUGCAAGUUCCGAAUCAUGAAAAUGCUGGUUAUCUAUUUAUUUCAACUUUUGCA